UGCGGAGUCCCUCACUUCCUUCCCAGACUGUCACGCCGGUCCAAACGAAACAUGAUUGAUUUGCUCAAGACUGCAGUGGACAAGGCACUAGAGAGUGAUAAUGGACACCUGGAUCUUUUUCUUCGAUUCCUCCUUGGUUUGUCACUCCAGUCCAAUCAGCGACUCUUACAGGGUCUGUUGACACAGCAGGAUGGAAAUGACCAAAUCAAAAAGGAAAUAGUUCAGUACAUCAAGCAGAAAUUUGAAGCUAAUCUGUCUCCAGAGAGAUCCAUCAAUCUGUUCUACUGUCUGAAUGAACUGAACGACCAAACUCUGGUGAAAGACAUUCAGACCCACCUUAGCAAAGGAAGUCUCUCAUCUGCUGAUCUUUCACCUGCCCAGUGGUCUGCUUUGGCCUUUGUGUUGUUGACAUCAGAGGAGGAGCUGGAGGAGUUUGAGCUUCAGAAAUUCAAGAAAUCAGACGAGUGUCUCAUUAGAUUAUUGGCAGUCAUCAAAACAUCUAAAAGAGCUCUGCUAAAUGAUUGUGGCUUAACAGACAAAAGCUGUUCAGCUCUGGCUACAGUUCUUGGAUCAGAUACCAGUCUGAAAGAGCUGAACAUGAGCAAUAAUAAUCUGCAGGAUUCAGGAGUGAAGCUACUUUGCCAUGGACUGGAAAAUAUGAAGUGUCGUUUGGAGAUACUGAGACUUUCAGACUGCAGUAUCACUGAAGAAGGUUAUAAAGCUCUGGCUUCAGCUCUGAGAUCAAACCCUUCACACCUGAUAGAGCUGGAUCUCACAGGAAAUGAUCCUGGACAAUCAGGAGUGAAGGAGCUCAGUGAUUUACUACAGGAUCCAAACUGUCAACUCAAGACACUGAGGUUUUUGGGUCCUGCUGCAGAUGAAGCCUGUCAGUAUGUGACUGGAAUUGUGGGUAAAAACCCGUUACUCCUGAGAGAACUGAAUCUGAGUGGACAUGAACUAGGAGACACACGAGUGAAUCAGAUCGCUGCUCUACUGCAGGAUAAACACUGUCAACUCAACACACUGAUGCUAAAUGAUUGUGGCUUAACAGACAAAAGCUGUUCAGCUCUGGCUACAGUUCUUGGAUCAGAUACCAGUCUGAAAGAGCUGAACAUGAGCAAUAAUAAUCUGCAGGAUUCAGGAGUGAAGCUACUUUGCCAUGGACUGGGAAAUAUGAAGUGUCAUUUGGAGAUACUGAGACUUUCAGACUGCAGUAUCACUGAAGAAGGUUAUAAAGCUCUGGCUUCAGCCCUGAGAUCAAACCCUUCACACCUGAUAGAGCUGGAUCUCACAGGAAAUGAUCCUGGACAAUCAGGAGUGAAGGAGCUCAGUGAUUUGCUACAGGAUCCAAACUGUCAACUCAAGACACUGAGGUUUUUGGGUCCUGCUGCAGAUGAAGCCUGUCAGUAUGUGACUGGAAUUGUGGGUAAAAACCUGUUACUCCUGAGAGAACUGAAUCUGAGUAAACAUGAACUAGGAGACACACGAGUGAAUCAGAUCGCUGCUCUACUGCAGGAUAAACACUGUCAACUCAACACACUGAAUCUGUAUGAUUGCAGUAUUACAGAGAAACAGUGUCUCAUCCUGACUUCAGCUCUGAAAUCAAACCCAUCACACCUGAGAGAACUGAACCUGAGCAGGAAUAAACUAGGAGACUCUGGAGUGAAAAACCUCAGUGAUCUACUGAUGAACACACAAUUCAAGCUGGAGAAACUACAUCUGUAUGGAUGCAGUAUUACAGAGAAACAGUGUCUCAUCCUGACUUCAGCUCUGAAAUCAAACCCAUCACACCUGAGAGAACUGAACCUGAGCAGGAAUAAACUAGGAGACUCUGGAGUGAAAAACCUCAGUGAUCUACUGAUGAACACACAAUUCAAGCUGGAGAAACUAGAUCUGUGUGGAUGCAGUAUUACAGAGAAACAGUGUCUCAUCCUGACUUCAGCUCUGAAAUCAAACCCAUCACACCUGAGAGAACUGAACCUGAGCAGGAAUAAACUAGGAGACUCUGGAGUGAAAAACCUCAGUGAUCUACUGAUGAACACACAAUUCAAGCUGGAGAAACUAGAUCUGUGGAGAUGCAGUAUUACAGAGAAACAGUGUCUCAUCCUGACUUCAGCUCUGAAAUCAAACCCAUCACACCUGAGAGAACUGAACCUGAGCUGGAAUAAACUAGGAGACUCUGGAGUGAAAAACCUCAGUGAUCUACUGAUGAACACACAAUUCAAGCUGGAGAAACUAGUUCUUUAUGACUGUGGAAUUACAGAUGUUUCUUCUUUAACUCAGUCUUUGACAAACACAAAAGCACUGCAGUUUCUAAAAGAGCUUGAUCUGAGAAACAAUAUGAUUGGAGACUCAAAGCAGCAGCUCAUUGAUGUGCUACGAGACUCAAACUGUAAACUGAGGUGAGUAAACUUCACUUUCUGAUAUUAAAGAGAUUCAUUUACCUCUAAUAUGUGAACAAAUAUAUACUUUCAAAUAUUUGUGAAAAAGUUUAUCAAAUUAUCAUCAAGCUUUAUUUCAAAGGGUUUGUGUCAGAAUGAAAUGUAAAGUUGAUAAAAAUGUUGAACACAAAGGAGGAAAGAGAACAAAAGCACACUGUCAGAGCUUUAUACAACAACACCUGCUUUAUUAAUGACAUCAGUAAUAGUGAAUCAUUACAGUUUGAAAUAGAUUUGGUCAGAUUGUAGGAAAACGCUGGUAAAAUCAGUGCAGAUUCCAGCUUCAGCUCACAGCCGUCCAGCAUCACAUGAUCAAUGUCUCUGUCUCUUGUGUUUUUAACUUUGACAAGCAACACGUCACAUUACUUAUGUAAGGUUUAAUCAGGGUGUGAUUUGUCGGGGUGAAUUCCUCCCUGGUAGAACUGCAACAGCUCAACGGUGUAAACCUGGGAAACAUGCUUCAUUCUGACAAGGCUUGUCGUAAUAUGCUCAUGUUUAUUGGAGAAACAAUGACAGCU